AUGACCGUGGAGGACGGCGCCGUCCUUGCCAAGCUAUUUGCACGCCUGCGUAAUCGUGACCAAAUCGAAAGCUUCCUCUACGCCUUCCAGGACCUCAGACAGCAACGUUGUAGAGACACCGUGAAGUCGGAGAUCGGUCUGAUGCAGUUAUUCGUCUUGGAGGAUGGCCCCGAGCGCGAGGCUCGUGACAAUGACAUGCUGGCCAAGCACCGCGAGGGCAAGGGCGUCCUGGAGCUCGAGGAUGGCGAGGAACCGCGAGGGCUUGCCGGCCAGCAGUGGAGCGAGAUCCGCGAUAUCUUUGGGUAUGACUGCGAGGACGAGGCGGACAACUGUCAUCGCAAAAUUAUCGGCGUCCACCUCGCGAAGUGUUCUGACGGCAUUCUCGGCUCUGAUGUAACAGGUAACAAGGCAACCUCUGCUCUGAUCUCAAAAUUCGGCUCGCGGACUUCACGGAUCUUUAUGUCAAAACACCCACGCGGGAUCAUGGGUUACAAAUUCUUCUGGGUACAUAUGGGGAAGGCGCACUAUGGCGUCUACGAUGCAAACAUCUCUAGUAGUGAGUACACGAUACGAUACGUAAUCUCGUCAAUAUACUACUUUUCGGUCGGGGUCCCCCCGCUUCACAAGCCCGGAUUGGUACUGUUGCAGUAA